AUGGACGUAUCAAAAGCUCCUUUGGCUGAUGCCUAUGCGGAUUUGCGCAGUGCUUCAGGAGAGGUGAACCGCCUCCUCCGCAGAUUCAUUCAUGAGGACGGUGUGGUAGUUGGGUGGGGCUUGUGCCGAGAAGGCCAACUUGGUACAGGCUCACGCGUUAACUUGGUUACCCCUCUCAUGAUUGGCGGCCGUGACAAGCCAUUGAGGAUAGGUUGUUCUUCAAUGGCUUCCGUAUGGCUGGGAUGUCGCGGGACACUUAUUACGAUGGGUGGCGGGAGUUGGGGUGAGCUUGGCGUGCCCAAUCCGAAUAUGUGCCCUCUUGUUACUGCCAACGAGGUUGGUCUUCCAAUUGCUGUUGUGCAGAUUGAAUUACCGCAAUUUGAACCACAAGAUGUUCUUGUAGAUGUGAGAGGAGGCUAUGCUUUUUUUGCGGCAUUAUCGCGGCGUGGAGAAAUUGUCCUUUGGGGCGCGAAUAACUACGCUCAGUGUUCGCGCAACCUUGAACAACAGUGCUCCCCUUGCCCUGAACGCCGCAGUAUUCCAGGCGAAAAGAUUAUUCAGGUAGGCUGUGGCAAUUUCACCGUAUUGGCGCUCACCGCAUCAGGAGCAGUGUACGGCUGGGGAUACAUAAAUCUUCUUGGACCUGAGGAACAAAUUCGGUCCCAAUUGCCAAGCAGUUCCUUCAAAGUGGUGCAGGCUGAUAGCGAGUCAAGGACUAUUGUCAUUGACCCUGUCAGAGUCAAAUGCCUUGAAAGAAAAUCAAUAACACAGUUACGUGUAGGGCCGUGGCACGCUGUUGCCAUCGGUGCACAGGGAAAUGUGUAUACAUGGGGUUUGGGAAAGAAUGGCCGUCUUGGUCACGGUGGUGAGGAAGAUGUUAUUACUCCAAAGGAAAUUACAACAAUGCCCUCUAGAGUGGUUGAGGCUUCAUGUGGCGGCUUCCACACCUGCUUUGUUACUGACAAUGGUGAAGCCUAUGUGUGUGGUGACAACCAAGGAGGACAGUGUGCUGUUGUCGGUGAGAUGAUGGUCACUACAUGUCGUCGCAUUAAAACUCCCAAAAAUCGAAAAGUAUUAUCGGCUACAUGUGGUCGCCACCAUACCGUACUACUUUUUGAUAAUGGUGAUGUCAUCACCUAUGGCACUGGUUUGGGCUUAGGGGUCGGAUCUGGCUACGGUAUGCGCCUAGUACAAGGAUUUCAUAUCAUGGACAACUACACAACACUCUGGAUGACUGGUGGAAGUUGCCACAAUUUCUCCCUCGCCUUACCCAAAAAUAUGACAAUGGUUUUUCUUGGAUUACCCCACCGCGGUGUAGAAACUGCACUUCAUGCCAUCGAGUUGAAGGAAGGACUCUUGUGCGCAGGAUUGGGUCACGGAUUUUCAAUCUUGGUGAAUCGUCGCGGUUGUUGUUACGCCAUGGGUAUGGGUGGAUGGGGACAGCUGGGAGUGGAUCUUCACAACGUGAAGGAUUUCACUCCCGAUAAAGUGCCUGUCGUAAGACACGCUAUGCGUGUUGGGUACCUUUCCAGAACCGUCAUCACACAAGUUAGCGCUGGUGUUUCUUUCGUCGCAGCUCUUACUGACGGACAGCGCGUCUUCACGUGGGGAAACAAUGUGUAUGGCCAAUGUGGAAUAGGUGUUGAUCCAAAGAAAACGCGUAUAGCUGAGCCAAAGGAAAUUACAUGGUUGUCAGAUAAAAUGAUCAUUCAAAUCUCAUGUGGCUGCUUCUUUGCUAUGGCACUCAGCGCAACAGGGGAUGUGUACACUUGGGGUAGUAUUGAGUGCUGCGGCAACGGGCUCCAUCCUCCUCCGUCAAUUGUUCCCAAGAACCUUCUUAUGACUUCGUUGGGAUCCGAUAGCGAAGCCAGCAUCUUGUUGCCGGUGAAAGUAUCGGGUUUAAGCGGUAUUAUAACAGUGGCCGCGGGAUCUUGGCACGCGCUAGCGCUGAAUGCACUUGGUGAGAUCUUUGCCUGGGGCCUUGGUGCUAAUGGCCGACUCGGUGUUGGCAGCACAGAGGAUCACCACGUUCCCGUGAAGAUUGCCCUGCAGGCACACAUGACACGUAUUGGCUGUGGCCCCUUCACCAGUUUUGGCAUCAGUGAUGAAGGGAAACUAUACGUGUGGGGUGCAAACGACGCACAUCAGCUAUCCGUACCAAGCAAUCCCGUGUUGACCCCGACGAAAGUUCUUGAUGACGUGAAGGAGGCUGUGAUGGGCAAGUUCUACACCCUUGCCCUCACAUACGAUGGUGAUUACCGCUUCAGUGGCACCAUGGAGCACGAGAACGGAAGAUAUAUGAGCAAGUCCUUCCUCAACACGGAGGCUCUACCACCUCCGCUAAUGCGUAAGAACAUGCAGGCAGAGGGAUACCGCGGCAUGCGGGUGUACGGUGGCGUCGAGCACGCCGUGGCGCUGAUGGAAAAGCACCCAGUGGAGCCGACUGUGAUCAAGCAGCUCCACUACGCGUUGCGCGACCGGCCAGCAGAGAUUAUUAAGAAUGGUCCUUGA